AUGGGAAAACCUAAAAUUUCCACAUGGGACAAGCUGAAAAAGAAGAUGAAGGAGGAGUUUUUGUCCCAUAAUUACCAAAGGUUGAUGUACCAGAGGUUGCAGAAUUUGAGGCAGGGAACUAGGACUGUGGAUGAAUAUACCACAGACUUCUACCAAUUGGUUGCAAGGAAUAAGCUACAAGAAACAGAAGAUCAGUUGGUGUCAAGGUAUGUUGGAGGAUUGAGAUUACAGAUUCAAGAUGUAUUCAACAUGUUUGAUUCUGUAUCUGUUUCAGUGGCACAUCAAAGAGCAUUGCAGAUGGAGAAACAAGCCCGGCGGGCAGGAAAUCUCGCAAACAGUAGCAACAUGGCUGCUGGUAGUAGCCGAACAGGAGGCAGUGGUAGUGUCCGGAACAUGAAUCAGGGUACUGGAGGAGGGAUUAGAGCAGCCCCUAGCACAGGCCAACCAAACAGAAACAACCCUAACGACAAUCAACCUAACAGAUCUGGUGGCAACAGUGGGAUUAGGUGUUUCGGUUGUGGCGAGAUGGGUCAUCGACAAUCAGAGUGCAAGAAAACAGCUGGGAGAAAGGCGCUGAUAGUUGAGGCAGGGGAUGAAGAUGAUGAGUUCACAGAUAUGGAGCAAGAACUAGUAUUUGAUACAGAAACCUAUGAGGAAGAGGAAGAGGUGGCUGGUGACACAGGGACUGCUCUAGUGGUAUGUCAUUUUGUUAUUGAUGCUGGUAGUUGUGAGAAUAUAAUUUCUGUUGAGGCUGUCCAGAAGUUGAAUUUGAAAACUAAAAAGCACCCAGCUCCAUACAAGAUGGCUUGGCUUAAGAAGGGUAGUAAGGUUAUAGUAUCUUUACGUGCUUUGUUUGAUAGGAAGGUAGUUCAUGAUAGCAGGGCAAACACUUAUAGCUUUGUAUUUGAAGGGUCAAAAAUUGUGUUAUUGCCCACUAAGUUCCUAGAAAAAAUUAAACCUGUGGUGGAGGGUACUAAUCUGCUGUCCUUGGCAAGAUUUAGUGAGGAAUUGCAGGAGUCGGAGGUGUUAUAUGUGUUGAUUGGAAAAUACAUAGGAACUGAGUUGCCGGUUCCCACAAAAGCAACUGCAUUAAUCUUUGAAUUUUAUGAUGUCUUUCCUGAGGAGCUGCCUGAAGGGUUGCCACCAUUGCGGGAUAUUCAACAUCAAAUCGAUCUUGAGCCAGGGGCAACUUUGCCAAAUAGACCCCAUUACAGAAUGAGUCCAAAAGAGCAGGAAGAAUUGCGCAGACAAGUGGAGGAGUUACUCAUAAAAGGGCAUGUGAGAGAAAGCAUCAGUCCUUGUGCGGUUCCAGCAUUGUUGACUCCCAAGAAGGAUGGGUCGUGGCGCAUGUGUGUGGACAACAGAGCCAUUAAUAAGAUCACAGUAAGGUAUCGCUUUCCUAUUCCUCAUUUGGAUGACUUGCUAGAUCAAAUUAGUGGUGCCACAAUUUUUACUAAACUAGAUUUGAAGAGUGGAUAUCACCAAAUUUGUAUCAGACCUGAUGAUGAGUGGAAAACAGCCUUCAAGACUCAUGGGGGCUUGUAUGAAUGGGAGAAGUUUUACGCUGCUGUUCAAAAGUGUGUUUUCAUGACACCCAAGGUGUUGUUUUUGGGAUAUGUGGUUUCUGGAGAUGGAUUACAGGUUGAUGAGUCCAAGAUAGAGGUGGUCCGACAUUGGCUUCAACCUAAAACACUUACUGAAGUUUGA